CUCUCUGUAUCCUUCUUUUAAAGACACAGAGCUCUGAGAACGAGAUUCAAAAUGGCUGCCGCUACUUCAGAAAUGUUUGUCCGGAUCGCUGGUGUUUCUGGGGCUCUAGCGGUGGCGUUAGGCGCUUACGGGGCCCAUGCAUUCCGGGGUGACGUUGGAGAGAAGAAAACAUUUGACACAGGGAACAGAUACCACCUCCUGCACAGCGUAGCUCUGUUGGCAGUCCCUCUCACACGCAGGCCACUGCUGGUUGGAUCUCUGCUGAGCUGUGGAAUGCUCCUGUUCUGUGGAGGCUGUUAUCUCAGCUCUCUGUUCGAGAUGCGGUCGGCUGCAAAGAUCACUCCCAUCGGAGGGAUGAUGCUCAUCGCAGGCUGGCUCUGUGUAGCUCUCUAAAUGUUCUGUACCCAAAUAGUUGCACAACCAAAAGGAUUUCUUGCUAACACUGCCUUUCCAGUGAAGGCUCCAACCAUUCAUGACCAAAUAUUUGCUAGUGAAAUGAGAUUGUUUCAGCUGUGCAACAAAGAAGCGUAUAGUCUGUUUAUGAACCAACCCUUGAUUACAUAUUACAAAGGUUUUAUACAGUGCCUUAUUCCAUACAGGUGUUUUGUUUUGACCAUAGUUUAUUCAACCGAAACUGAUACAAAGAGACCAACAAAAACUGUAAGUGUUUAACUUAAAUGAAAGUUUAAAUUUCUGUCACAUGUUGAUGUACACCCCAUUGGCCCAUCAAUAACAGAAAAAUGUCCUGCAGUACGUCCAUGAUGUGAUAGGGGUCGCUGUUGUGAUACCAUGCAUCUCUGAAUUUGAAGGGAAAGUUUUUUUGUGACCACUUAAAACAUGGAAAAACAUACUCUUUUUGUGUAGAUUCAAUAAAAUAAAAACAAGAAAACACAGAGCCAUUGAUAGAAUCUUUAUUUUGAAGUUUUUCUAGAGACAUUCACACUGUUCUAACAUCUAGUAAAGUGUUUUGUGCUGCAUUCAAAAAUAACAAAAAAAACUGACAAAGAAUAACAAAGGCUUGUGUUGGUAAAACAAUAAGCUCUCACACAUUGUUGACAACGUCGCUUAAAGUACAACAGUACCAUUUUCUCUAUAGGUACCUGACUGCCCAAUAUAAUUGUAUGUUCUAGCAGCAUCUGCCUUGUGGCUUUCAGAAUGUAUGGCUUGGCUCCUAGGGUUACUAAACAUGCAGCAAGAAAAUAAAGGGUGUACACCCAACCUCAAUCCACCCUGCAAUAUACCGUAUUUCACCCAUUACUUCUUAUUCAUGAAGUAUAGAGAAUAGGGAAAAUAAAUUUCAGGCUAUUAAAGCCUGACUGAACAGUUCAUUUACCAAGUCAUUAUAACUGUUGCAAUGUCUAUGACUUAUACCCCUUGACACCCUUGUAAAAUAUAAACACACCAGUUUUGACUACCAUACCCCAUCUGCAACAUUUAUACAAGUAGUCAAGGAAAACGAGUGCUCUUGUGCAAAGAAAUCUCAUUCGUGCACUCGACUUUACAGUACAUGCAGUUUUAUUAAACUUUUUAAGUUUCCAAAAACAGCUACAGGUCUUUUUGGCAAUGCCUCAGGGGCAGAGGCAUUAUUCUGCUUGGCACCAGUCUUGUAUGAAAGUGAGGUGGCUUGAAAAGUCGUAUAUAUAGUACGACUAUGU